CCUGCAGCAGACUCAUCAGCCAUGUACGCCUUCACGAAGUUGUUCACCGCGCUCUCCCUCCUCGCCGCCGUCAACGCGUUCCCCGCGGCUGACAUCUGGGGCGUCCAGCGCCGUGCGAGCACCAACCUCACCGGCGGCUCGAUCUGCCCCACUGGCGGCUUCGACAUCAUGGGCGAGCUGCCCGCCAACAUCAACGACAACGGCGGCGAGCCCCUGCCGAUGCCCAACACUUCGGCGCCCGUGUACACCACGCUGUCCGUCGGCGUGCAGAACUACACCUGCGGCGAUAACAGCCAGUGGAACGCUCAGGGUGGCCUGACCUACCUGUUCGACAUGUCGUGCCUGCCCCAGAUGCACCACAAGCCGUUCACCUCCUUCAUCGCCGCCAUCUGGGACUCUGCGCCCCCGACGGUGACCAACCAGGACUUCGAGGCGCUCGUCGAGAAGGUCAACCCGGGCGUCGCGCUCGGCCUGCACUACUGGAUCACGAACCCCGUCAACGCGUCGGCGGGCAUCAACGCGGUGUGGGACUUCAGCAAGGCGGAGCGUUUCCAGAACGACACGAACAAGGCGAACGCGUUCCUCGUCGCGGCCGAGACCGGCAACGUCCCGGACCCGACGAACCCCUCGGUCAACUCGCCGUGGCUGUACGAGCCCAUCCUGUACGUCGACGGCAAGGCCGACGGGCAGCUCGCGACCCAGGUGUACCGCUUCAACUCCAACGGCGGUGCCGCCCCCAACACUUCCUGCACGCCUGGUGCCCCCACUCUCCAGGUCAAGUCCACUCUGAACUUCUGGCUCUACGGUGGUGCUUGGGAGAACACCAUCCAGAACUAGAUUUUGGCUGGAGGAUUGGUGCUGGAAGUCUGACAGUUUCCGCAGAUGUCAUGUGUUCUCGGUAACAUGUAUUUGACUCGGUGCUGUCAGCUCCUGCUACGUUUUUAGAGAUAUUACUAUAUACACAGCUAUUUCUU